UUACAACUUCAAUUCCUUUACUCUAAUAUACUCACCAUGGCUCGAGUUCACUGCGCUAAUGCGCAAUCCACCGUCAAUUCCUUUAUGCAACUUGCAAGACGAAGCUACACGACCGCCACUGCUCAAUCCUCAGCACCCCUCGAGUUUCUUGUCCCGAGAUGUACUCCGCCAACCGGCUUGCGAACUUCUGGACUUGCGAUUAACCGCUCCAGAACAUAUGCCCACUCAAGAUGGUCAUGGAGUUAUAAAUUACGAGAAACAGCGACGCGACAGUUCUCAACAUCGGCUGUACGACAAAAGACACGGGCGAUACUGAACCCCCAACAAGACGAAGAUGGCAACGAAAUGAUGCUCGAAAUUACUGACCGGGCUGCCAAGCGCCUCAACAAGAUCAUGGAGAAGGAUGGUAACCCAAACCUUGCUUUGAGAAUCCAAGUGGAAAGCGGUGGCUGUCAUGGCUUCCAAUACCUCAUGAGUCUCGUCACCUUACCAGCUAAGGAUGCCGCCGAAUGGUCCUCAAUCGUGAACGAAGACGAUACGAUUUUCCAAUACAUCUCCGAAGACGCUGAUCCGGCCACAGCUUCGGAGGAUGGUCCGAAGAUUAUACUCGAUGAACCAUCCCUCGACCUCCUCAAGGGCAGCAAAGUUGACUUCACGAUGGAGCUGAUCGGCUCGCAGUUCAAGAUUACAGACAACCCGCUUGCUACCAGCAGUUGUGGCUGUGGUACAAGCUUCGAUAUCAAGAUGUAGCGUCUCAUACACGUUGGAAUAUGAGAGGCUGCGGCGUUGAUACACUUUGAAAUGGCUUCCCCACAUGUACAUACAAAUGAAAUUCAUACCCCUGCAUCAUGAGGCAAUUGGAGCAUCACGUGCUAUUGUCACUGCCAAUUUUCACAAAUAUUUUGUACAUCACAAAGCAUCACAGAUAGAUAAUUUUGAAAACUCGGGUGUCAUUCAUCAAGGUAUCAAUUUCCAUAUCCCUGUCAUGAAUCCCUGUCAUGAGUAAAACGCCGAGCAGCCAAUGCAAAUUUUUUUGAAUCCAUUAGGUCCUAUUGACCGAUCCUUAAAAGCCUUUUUUAUCACAAUCCCUUAGUUCAUCUGGCGGACGAGAGCGUUGAUGGCGUGCUCGCGGUUACCAAGGUCACCACCCUCGAUGAAGUGCUUGAACUUGCGGGGACGGAAGCCACCAGUGGGGUUGGAGAGCUUGAAGGGCCAGAGGAAGUUGGAGGCCUGCUUGAAGUUGGGGCCGACAGUGAAGAUCUCGUGGAUGAGAUCCUCAACACAGACGAUACCGUACUUGCCGAGGUUCUCCUCAACAAUGGAGUUGUCGGUAAGAGCAGUGCGCUGCUUGUUGACCUUUCCGUAACCACGCUUGUAGACGAGCUCCUUGACGGUCUUCAGGUUGGGGUAACCAUAGGCGAUCCAGGGCUCGACAACCUUGAGCAUCUCAGUGAUGGCCUUGGUGACCUUGACGAAGACACCGUUGUUGAUCUGGAGGAGACGGAGAAGCUGGAGGAUCUUGCGGGGCUUGGGGGGCAUCUUGUUGAUACCCUUGAUACGGACGACGAAGAUCAGGUUGGCCUCAGCGGGGACGUAGGCAGAGUCCUCAGACUUGGCAACGCGGUGAAGACGGAUCUUCUCACGCUCAGCAUCGCGGUACUCUUGGACGUACUUCUCAGCACGCUUGAAGAUGACCUGACGCUUCUCCUUGUUGG